AUGGAUGACAUCUACGUUCCAGAGUCGUGCACCGACAGCCCCCGCUUUGCCAACUGCAACCUCAUCGUACGUGCUCGCUACUGCACAAACAAGCAUUACUCGAGGUUCUGUUGCCGUUCUUGCAUGCUUGCCGGCCAAAUUCAUGCCGAUGCCAAUGGGUACACCAAUGGCAACGGAAACGGCUACGGCAACGGAAACGGCUACAGCAACGGGAACGGCUACAGCAACGGAAACGGCUACAGUAAUGGAAAUGGCUACAGCAAUGGGAAUGGGAAUGGCUACGGCAACGGAUAUGGCAAUGGCUAUAGAGGCGGCUUCAGCAAUGGAAAUGGCUUUGGCAAUGGCUACGUUAAUGGAUACAGUACUGGAAACGGGCACAGUAAUGGAUACAGGAAUUUCACCGGAAACGGGAACGGCAACAAGACCAACGAACUCGCCUAA